GUGAGCACACACAGCCGCCGGUGUCGAGCCCCUCCUUUCUCGGCUAGAUAGACGUCCCGUUACCGGGGCACCCGCAUUGUAAAUCAAAUUUAGUUCGAAGUGGAAGCAGAAAACUGCUCUUUUACGUAUCUAGACGGCGGCUACGUUACUCUCUGCCAUGUCAGUCAGCGUCCAUCGUGCCGAGCUAGCUAGCAGCGUUAGCAUCAAUAUUGCCGCACGAGCGCCGCCGCACGUAACGUUAGCGGACCGUUCUGGAACUGUGUUACGUUCUCCGUUUCCAUGGUGUUGGAACCGCUCGCCGCUUAUCACUCGUUCUGUUCCCGUCUCCGGCGAGAAAGCAAUGAACAAUGACCAUAGUUGACAGAUCUUCAGAAAAGUCUGACCACGAGUCAGUCGGGUGUAAUCGAUCUCCCUUUACCAGUGGAGACGUGGGGAUGGAUGGCAGCUGUUCCAGCAGCUGGGCAAUGGGUCCCACCAUGCCCAGCGACUCUCCGAGGCUGAAGGCUGCAGGAGGUUGCCUGGGCCCAACACCUGGAGCUGCAGUAUACAAUAGUACACCCUCCCCUGUGGACCGGCCCAAGGAGCAAGUGAUAAGCAGUGGUGAUGGCAUUGACUCGCCACAGAAGGUCCUCUUCCCUCCAGAGCGGCUCAACCUAAAGUGGACCCAGGUUCACCGCAUUGGUGCAGGCCUGCAGAACAUGGGGAACACCUGCUUCCUCAACUCAGCCCUGCAGUGUCUCACCUACACCCCUCCGUUUGCCAACUACUUGCUGACACGGGAGCACUCCAAAACGUGUCACGAGCCGGGGUUCUGUAUGAUGUGUACCAUGCAAAACCACAUCAUUCAGGUUUUUGCAAACUCUGGGAAUGUCAUUAAGCCCAUUGGUGUGCUCAAUGAACUCAAAAGGAUUGCUAAACACUUCCGCUAUGGAAGUCAGGAGGAUGCCCAUGAGUUCCUGCGGUACACAGUGGAUGCUAUGCAAAAGUCCUGCUUACCUGGAACCAAAUUGGACAGGCAAACGCAGGCAACCACUUUCAUCCAUCAAGUUUUUGGCGGGUACCUAAGGUCGAGAGUUAAAUGUUUAAACUGCAAAGCAGUCUCCGAUACAUUUGACCCUUUUCUGGAUAUAACUCUGGAAAUUAAGACAGCCCCCAGUGUCUCCAAGGCUCUGGAGCAGUUUGUCAAGCCAGAACAGCUGGAUGGAGAAAACGCCUACAAAUGCACAAAGUGCAAAAAAAUGGUCACAGCCUCAAAGAGAUUUACCAUCCACCGUAGCUCUAAUGUGCUCACACUCUCACUCAAACGUUUUGCCAACUUUAGUGGAGGCAAAAUCACAAAGGAUGUGAAAUAUCCAGAGUACCUGGACCUGCGGCCCUCCAUGUCCCAGUCUCAAGGGGAGCCCCAGGUCUACGGGCUGUAUGCCGUGCUGGUCCACUCUGGAUUCAGCUGUCAUGCUGGACACUACUUCUGCUAUAUUAAGGCAAGUAAUGGGCAGUGGUACCAGAUGAACGAUUCCUCUGUGUCUGUCAGCGACAUCAGGUCUGUUCUCAACCAGCAGGCCUAUGUUCUUUUCUACAUCAAGUCCAGUGAUAUGAAGAAAACGGGGGACUACAGUCACAUGAGCCAUAAUCCAGGCAUCCCUGGACAGUCUUCUCCACGACCGGUGGUGAUACCACGCAUCAACACCACCGUCCACCACAACAACAUUGGCUUCAUCGGCCCCCAGCUGCCACCACACAUGACCAAGCGCACUCUUCAUGUUAAUGGGAAUGGAUCUCUGAGGGACUAUCCCAACAACUCCAAGCCCAGCACCAGCAGCAGUGUUGUGGGGAAACCAAGUCAUGGAUUAGCCUCUUCCUCUUCUUCUAUGUCCCACUCAAUCAGCCGGCCCACAAUGAUCCCAGACCACGACAAGCGACAGAAGCUUUCAUUUUUCAUUGGACAAGGCAAACAGAACCGCCCAUCCUCCUCCUCGUCCUCUUACAGCCAGCCGUCCUCUGCCAGCAGCAGCAGCAGCAGCAGCACUAGCAGCAGCAGCAGCAGCUCCAGCUCCUCCUCCUCCUCCUCCAGCUCUUUAUCCUCCUCACAGUCUACCUCAGACGUUCGCUUUGUUCCACGUCAGCUUAACCACGUUAACGGCACGUCUUGCAGUAACGGGGAUCCCCACACGGGAGGAAACGGAGCUUCAUUUUUGGUGCCGUACGGCCAAGAGUCUUCAGAGGAAUCGGACCAGGAGAACUGUGGCGGUCUGGAUAACGGCCGUUUGGCCAAGUCUCACUUUAAUGGAAACAACAGAAAUAGAGAGAGCUUUGAUAAUUCUCCUCAAGACACCAACGGUGAUUCAGCUGUGCACCACAAUGGUAACGGAUUAAAUGGACCAACCAAUGGUGUGUCUAAAUCCAGUCAAAAUGGGCACCAUAAUGGACACCACAAAGUGAAUGGACACAACACCCCUGAUCAAAUCUCUGGCAGUAAUCUCAGCAGUUCAUCCUCUAUGGCUACUGUUGCUGUUAAUGGACUAGACAGUGACCAUCAUCAAACAAGCAAAGAGGCACAUAAUUCUGCCUCGUCGCUGGCCAGUUCUUCUCAGAGCAUUCAUCCUGCUGCCGGUGACAGUCUGCACCUCUCCACUCCUGACACAAGGGCUAAAACUGUGUCUGAACCCCUGCCUCAGCAUACAGCAUCCUUUGCUCUUAGCUCUCCACCUUCAGCUACUUCUACAAAGACCCAUUCUGUCUCAUCUAGAGAAUCUGCUUCCACUUCUGCCCAACAUGGCAACCCUACAGCCUUAUCCACCCCGCCAGACUGCUCCCAAAGCACCAACGGGACCUCUGAGGCUCCACAGAAGGUUAGCAGAGGUGGGGAUGAAGCAAAGGAUCUCCAACAGAGCAGUGGUCCAUCAGCAGGGACUGAAGGACGCACAGAUGCUAAGGAGCAACAACAGUCCAAGCCCAGUUCUAGAGACAAUGAAGGACAAACUUCCCGAAAUAGGGAGAGAGACAGACUGCACUCUGACUGGAGCAGAGACAGAGAGAGACAUUACAGGGACAGGAGUCGGGAUCGAGAAAGUGAUGGUGAUCGGCAUCGGUACAGGCGAGAUUCCCGAGAUCCCAACUACUAUCAUCGCUCAUACAGGGAUCGUUUGCCUGCUCGCGAUCGUUCCUACAGGGACUGGGAGUCUGAUCGUCGCUGGGAUCGGGCAAGCUACCAUCCCAGGGAGCGUGAUCGUGACCGGUGCUCUAACCAUUACCACUACUAUCACCACCACCGGUCCAGGGACGACUGGGACCGUGAGCGGAGGGGACACGGUUAUCCUUACCGCGAGGAGUCUCAUAGCCACGGGAAGUGGCAGCAAGAGAGUCGAGAAUCCCGGGGGAUGAGGGACAAGAGCAACGGCAGGGAGAGGGACCAUUAUUUAUCAAAAGAGGACACUUCCUCAUCUGCCACAGAGCCAGAAACCUGUACAAAGUUGAAGGGCUCGCCCCCUCGGGCUCGCCUCUCCACGUUUGAGUCCGCUCCUAAUAGAGAGGAUCAGAAUCACAAAAGGACUGUUGAUCAUCUGAGCAAGGAGAGGGAUGACAGCUCGGAGGCCCGUCGCUCUAAAAAACACAAAAAGAGCAAGAAAAAGAAGAAGUCAAAGGAUAAAGACCGACAUCGUGACAGCGGAAGCUCCGAAGUGGAUUCAGACAGAGCCACUGAAACAAAAAAGAAGAAGAAGAAAAAGAGGAGGCAGCAGGACAGCCCGGGAGCAGCUCAGAGCCACAAGAACAGAAGCAGCGAGGAGAGGGAGAGCCGCAAGCGGCAAUACUGUGACAUCAAGGACACUAAACACGACAAUGGUUUUUCGCCAGAAAAACGCCGGCGCACAGACGACGCUGAUGGCAGCAGUCACCAACUACUCCCCUCCAACCACACCUCUCCCACAAACGGUUCAGCUCACCACCAUCUCAACGGAUACAAAGGAAACGGUUACAGCCAAACAAACGGCGACUCCCACGGAUUCUCCAGUGGCUUGAAACACCGACUCUACACAUCAACCCCAUUUUAACAACAGCAGAGGAAUGACAUCAACAUUUUUGACGUGGUGCUUCUUCAUCGGGAAUAUAUUGUAUUUUUACCACAACAGAAGUGUUUUAAAUGUCUUUUUUUAAGGCAAUGAUUUCUUUGCCGUAAUUCUCCUAACUAUUAAUACGAAAAAACAAAACUGUCACCUUGUUGGACAUUUAUGAUGAAAAAUAUUAAUAUAUACUUGUAAUAACACAAACAAAGCCUGGAGCUUAAACAUCUCAACUGCUGCUCAGUGGAACUCAGGACUUGAAAACUUGUUCAUUGCGGAUAUCCACCUGCUUCAAGUAAGAAUGAAACUAAAAGGGAAACGUGUUGCAGAGGAGAAGAACUGUAAGGCAUCACGUUGGCUGCAAGUUUAAGAUAAGAUGUCACCAUAUCUACAGAGCCGCAAUGUUUUUGAGUUUUUUUUUUUUUCUUUGAUCCCACUGGGAGCGGACAAACUAACGGAGGGAGACAUGUAUGAAUGAGACGGAUGAGUGCAUCGGUGGGAACAAGGUUUCGCUGACUGAUACCUCCACACAUUAACCCUGGACAGACUUGAGGACAUUUCCCAUCUUUUUUUAAAAAUUUUGUUUCCAUUUUUUUUGCUCUGAAGCCUAAGAUUCACUCUGUAAUUUUUAAAACUUUUUCACAGAUGGAGGUUUUUUUUCUCUGAAUCUUGCCUCUCUCCUCUUUCACAUUCUUUUUCUUUUGAAACGUACAAAAAAAAAAGCAUCAAAAAUUUGUUAUCAUGGCUGUGGACCAUUUGUGUUUGCUUUUUAAUGAAAAAUACAGUUUGUGUCUUCUAGCGUCAUAAAUAAUACUGUGAAUUUAAUUUUGAACUGUACUAUCAGUUAUUUUUAUACGUAAAAAUCCUGCAUCAGGGUUAUCAGUAGAUGUUUUGUUUUUGCUUUGUUUUUAGAAAAAUUCAAGUUCAUUUUGACCAUGUUCUCUGGACAAAAGUUGGGAAUGAGUAUAGUUUGCUUUUCUUUUUGAUUUUUCUUUUUUUUUUUUCAAUUUAGACAGAAGUUGAAAAACUGCUGUUAUACCCGUUUAGUUUAGCAUGUCAGAAUUUAUACAUUGUAUAAGGUAAAAGCCUUAAAAUACAUUUGUUAAUGUCAGAAAUUGUAAUUUGUUCUUGGUCUUUGACUUUGUUUACAAGCUGCAUUGAAAUGAAUGGGAGAAUGUUGAUUGAGAUGAUUGACAAGUUGCCAGGGGCUUUUGAGAAAAGCUGUCUGCAUUUGUAUUAUAUACUAGGAAUAGACUGAUUGUAUUUGAGCCUUUUGUUGAACAAACUUUCCAAUCCAGUUAAAUUAUGAUGUAGAUACAUUA